CUCAUUGAGACACUUGAGGCUGGAACAGAAGGACAGCAGAGCAGAGGGAGAAAAGAAGUGAGCAGCAGGAAAAAAAAAAAGCCUAAGAGGGACCCAUGGGAAGAACAUUAAUCCAGAUAAGGUACUUGAUAAACUGCGCAAUAAACUAAAAAAAAAAAAAAAUCACCUCGAUUUUCCCAGAGACACAAGACUGACAUUGGAGCCCUGACAGGAGAGACAUUAUUGCAACAGUUCUUUUAUGAUUCUACAUUAAUGAGUCAACACAGGGGGACGAGAGACAAAGGCACCAGAUAGAAAAGAUAAGUUCAACAGGAUUGUCCGCAAAACACAGUCCGGAGAUAGUGGCUGAAGAGGAUUAAACAGAAGUGGUUUAAACAAAAGGAUGGCAAACUUAGGUCUCCAGUUGUUAGGUUACUUCCUGGCCUUGGGUGGCUGGAUCGGAAUCAUUUCCACCACAGCUUUGCCCCAGUGGAAGCAAUCAUCAUAUGUGGGUGAUGCAAUUAUCACCGCUGUGGGUCUGUAUGAGGGCCUGUGGAUGAGUUGCGCCUCACAGAGCACAGGACAGGUCCAGUGCAAGAUCUUUGACUCGAUGCUUUCUCUUGACAUCCAUAUCCAGACAUGUCGCGCCCUAAUGGUGGUGUCAGUACUGCUUGGCCUCAUCGGCAUCAUCAUCAGCGUGGUUGGCAUGAAGUGCACAAAGGUGGGAGAUAAUAACCCAACAGUCAAGACACGUAUUGCAGUGACUGGAGGAGCUCUCUUCCUUUUUGCAGGUCUGUGUACAUUGGUUUCUGUUUCCUGGUACGCAACACAGGUGUCUUAUCAGUUCUUCAACCCAAAUACCCCAGCCAAUGCCAGGUAUGAGUUUGGCUCGGCCCUCUUUGUGGGGUGGGCAGCAGCAAGUCUGACUGUACUGGGGGGCUCCUUGCUGUGUUGUUCCUGCUCCAAAGAGGACAUGCAGGGCCAGCAGUAUUACCGCCAGUCACAGCCUUCCACAGCAAGGGAGGCAGAGUUGUUGAGUGAAACUAGUUUCCCUGACUGAUCAUCUUUUUAUCAAGGAUUUUCCGACUGUCCAACCAGUUUCUUCUCCUUCCUGUUGCCUUUGACUCACAUAUUUCUGACAGAAGAAUAUUUAUGUAUGUAAGAUUUAUUAGUCUUUUCUUGGACCAGUUCCCCAAUUAGAAUUGGACCAAUUAGAAUUAAAACGAAUUCAAACACAGUUCACCAUGUGCACCUCCUGUUAAACACUGCCCUGAAACUUGAACUGUUAUUUGUCAUGUUGGUUUGUGAUUCCCCUUUUUAGCAAAUAUGAACUCUGUUUUGUUAUGUUGUUUUUUUUCAGAUUCAUUUGUUGUUAUUAUUAGAAAAGCAAUAUUUUCCCUAAUUGAAAUGCAAACUAAAUGUUUACUAUAUCCCGCCAGAAACGGGGAGCAAUACAGCAGAACCUCCAAGGUUGAUACAGUCUUUACCCUCAGAAAUAAUGGAAAUAUUAAUAAACAUGGUCAAACUGGCAUCAUCUACUACAUUUGAUUCCACAGCCAAUUUUCAAGGAUAUAUAACAUUCUAACUCCCAGACAAGUGUAACAGCACUAUUUAGGUAUUCAGUAAAUGUAUUGACAAAUGGUAAGGAUAUACUGCAGGUAUGGUGUGAAGGCAUUUGCAUCACAGAGGCCCGAAAUGUAUUGUUAAAACAUCUUUUAUCAAUGUAAAAAUAAGUUAGCAUGCAUAUUCGUGUUGCAGAAAAGCCACAACAAAAGUUAAUGCUAAAAAUUAAUGGGAGUCAUUUAAUGUUCUGAACUGCAUUCUUGUGAUUUGACGAUGUCUUGCGUGAUUAUACUUUUGAACACUUAACAUUCUGUGCGGCUUAAAGGAGACAUGCAUUUUUUUUUUUUCACAAUUGAAAUCAAUUCCCAGGUCUUGGAGGUGCUUUCAAGUACCUAGCUGGAUAACAUUUGAUUUAUAGAGCACUUCUCACAGAGAGGAAUAAGCAUCUUCAACUUGCUGAGGAGAAGGCAAGCGCCCAUAAAGCAUAGAAUAAAUUGUCCCUCGCGGAGGCACGGCUUCAUUACCAAGGCGGCAAUUUACAUUUCACAAAUAGUGUUGCAGAUCUGUGCAUCCAGCACAUGACACAUCAGCAAUAACAAAUACUGAACCGCCAACCAAAAGUGGCGGGUCUUUGCCCAGCCAAAGUGCCCAAGUCAUGGACCGGAGAAACCCGGUGAGUGGCAGUGAUAUAAAUGCGGCCCACUCUCACGUCACAAUCUGGCAAAAUUCAGAAUGGCUUGCUCGCAGACACUUUUUGUGGAAAUGGGCAGCUCAUAAAAGAUUUACUUGGUUGUGUAUUUCAGACUUGAUGGGCUGGCGGACUCCACCUACGAAAGCAUUUGUACACAAGCAAUUCAAAAGUCAUGUUGUACUUCGGGGAGUCUUCUACCUCUGUGUAGACAGUAAAGCCCUCAACUUGAGGAGUAAAAAAAGAUUUAUGAACUAGUUAAUGGGGGGGGAAAAAGGAUUUUACAAUUUCUGUUUCUUGAAUAAUUAAAACUUUAAAUUAUAUUAAAAAUGUGAUUAAUUGUGACUAAAUGUAGGUUUCAUUACUUUGGAGGUCUUGUAUGGCAGAGACAUAACGACAAAACACAUUUUGGAUCUUGCCCAUGACUCUUCAUUGGCAUUUUAUUGGAUUUAUACUGUACGUGUGAAAUUACUCGACCUGUCAUAACACCCAAUCAUACGUUUGAGAUCUCAAGCAUAUUGGAUCAUGCAGAGCUCUGUAUGGGCUUUUUUGCCAGUCCCCAGGUGGAAUGGAAUGUUUAUACUGUAUAUGAAUACUUUCUGUUUCACCGUGUUCACAUGAAUGACAGAAUAACUGUUGUGGAUGAUCACCAGUCCUGCCUCACUGCCUCAUGUACCAGUUUGCUCAAAGAACAAAAAUGUUUAUUUUGUGUAUCACCUCAUUAGUGAUAUAUUCCUGACUGUUUCUUUCAGAAUAAAGAAAGAGGAUUAGCUCUG